UUUGGAGAUAGUUUGACCUUUUGUUAAACAAGUGACUUCGACUUGAAACACCAAAAAUCUGACAUUUGAGGAUAAAAGGCAAAGCGACAUCUUAUACUGAGAAGAUGCUAAGACGUACACGGAUUUCUCAAGAACUCCGAAAGUGAGAGGAAAAAGGAGAAAGGAGGGAAAAACAUCGAUGCCAUUAGACUGAAGUGUUUCCUAGCGUUUCCACACAAAUAUUUUUUGGAUCAUUUUUCGGCUGGCGUACUUAUGCCCACAAUAACCAUUCCAAACAAAUGAUCCUUUAAUAAAGAACGAUAAUUUCUUGGAGAAGUGGACAACUGUUUCUAUGUCCAUUGUGUACAUUUGACCUAAUUACAAGGUCACGCCUUAAUGACACACACAGAGCUUAACGUAGGGAGUGGAUCUUCUCUUACAAUUACUGCCGGUCAUUAAUAGACGUAUACCAGGGUUUUUGUAUGGUAACGAGGAAUAUAUUUUAUUGAUUUGUCUCAGUGGGGAAUUCUGCCGUCAUCACGUGACGUUUCCCCCGAAAAUCUUCUAAGUGUUCACUGUCGUUAAUCAUGGGAUAAACUUUCUCAGAAACCACUUCAACUCGAAAAUCACAAGACGAAGACAACAACGCAGAGGUUGCUUUUUUAACCAUGGUUUUUGUGUAAUUCAAAUUCAUUGCUUUAAGAAUUUGUGCUUUUGUACCAUGAUGUGUUCAAGGAAGUUCUGUGGCCAAAGACAUAUUGGACUGUUGGUCUGUGUGCUUGUGUGUGUAAUUGGAUUUAUUACGUCAUCUUCUGACGUUACCAGAUCAAAGACAAUCAGACAGCUAAUUAGUGAAAUCAACCGACUAAGAGGGGCAGACGACAUCAUUUUGAAGAAUGACCUUGGAAGUCAGUACGAGCAACCUGACAUCACGGCCUUCGUCCCGUCCUCCGAGAUCUUCUGGAGAUUUAAGAACGUCCAAUCAAAAUACGGCCUCGAUUUGGAUAAUAGAGAGAGCGUCACCACUCUGAUGCUGUAUCACAUCGGAAGGGGGAGGGUACUCUCGAAUGAAAUCAUUGACGGCCAAACCAUCAUCUCUAAACAUCCGUCAAACUACAAUCUGAGAUUUAAUAUCUAUCAUAGCGGAGGCGAGAAGAUUUUUACGGUAAAUGGCGCUGAACUCUUGGUGCGGGAUAUUGUUGGCAGCAAUGGCAUCCUGUACAUUAUAGACCGGAUAUUGGCCCCAGUGUCUAGUGCAAAAACCUUACACGACUAUCUUCUCUAUCCGGAUCUGCCCGGAUACCAGUUUCAGUCCAUUGCCCGGGCCUCAAUCAUUGACCCGGAUAUGAAGGCGAAGACCAACCAUAUUGAGCAUCAGUUUACGUCCUUUGUUCCACCGGAUGCUGUGUUGUUCCCUAUGCCGUCUUACGCUCAGGAUAUUUUAUUUUUCAACACAACUCUGUUAAAAUAUACUAUCCAUGCCCAUAUUGUUGAGGAUGAGAUAGUGUUUAUUCCUGCGAGAGGGGAACUGAAAGAUCUACAGAGCAAACGGGGAACCUUACAUUUUACCAGGGAGGGCGAGGAUGUGUAUGUUCAAAAUAACAGGAUCCGCGCCCGGGUUGUACUUCCUAAUAUUCCCGUUGCUAAUGGCGUUGUCCACGUGAUCGAUCAUAUUCUGUACUUCAUAUAUAAAACAGUGUUUGUCAGAACUAACACAACUCAGGCAUUGAGUAUAUUUGCCAGUCACCUCCACGGAAUCCCUGGGGACCUCCUGUCCCACAUUCAGAGUACCUCAGAAACCUUCACCUUCUUUGCCCCCAAUAAUGAGGCCUUCGCUAAGAUCCCCAGGACAUUCCAGCAGCGCCUGGGUCAGGACGAUAAACUCAGGAGCGAGGUUCUGGGAUCACAUAUUGUCAAAGGCCUGGAUCUUAGUUCUUCUGAUCUUACUGAUGGCAAGACAUUUAAAACCAUCAACAACUUCACCCUAUCCAUAAGGAAGUUUAAUGGAGAUAUCUAUGUAAAACAUGACAACAUACUGGCAAAAAUUGUACAAGCAGAUAUAGGAUGUACGAAUGGUGUCAUACAUAUUGUGUCCAGCGUGCUCCGUCUGCACCAAUUCACAGUUUUAGAUGCAAUCAAGGGAAACAAUCAACUGCUAAGAAUUAGUGAAAUGCUGAAGGAUUUCACUGUCCUGGAGGGCAUUCUCUCUGGGGAUACAAGUCUUGGCGGAAAAGUGACGGUGUUCAUGCCCUCUGACCUUACAAUCAUGAGUCUGCGCAAUGACACCCGCAAAAAUAUCUUUGAGAAGCAACCUGAAAAAGCACUGAAGGCUUUAAGAGGACAUAUCAUUGAAGGCGAAGCUUUGUCAUCAACAGAAAUCUACAGUACUGUGCUGAAGUAUACAUUUGGUGGACAGAGAGUGGAAAUAACCAAUGUCGACAAUGCAUUUACUGUUGAGGGAAGUCAUGUCAUGGCUAAAGUCAUCACUCAGGACAUCUGGUGUUCCAAUGGCGUGUUACACAUCAUAGACAACGUAUUACACAUCCCAACCAGAAAUAUAAUGGACGAACUGGCCCGGCAUGGAGAUGUUAGCUCCAUAUCUAACAUUCUGCGGUUGGAAGGAAUGAAGGAACUGUCUCACGCACUGACGAAUGAAGACAGUCACUUUACAAUGUUUGUUCCAAUCAACACCGCCUUCUCCGCCAUUCCUAGGUCACGUGCUGAUACCCUAUUCGCAAAUUCAACCUUAUUCCAAAAUGUUCUGAAAGCACAUGUUACAUCAACUGGUAGUAAAUAUACCAGCGAUCUCUAUGAUGGAAUAAGCAUGAAGGCAGAGGAGGAAGUUUUACAUAUAACACGAAUUUCUACAGAUGUGUUCAUUACAAACAACAAUGUGAGGACUCGCAUCAUAAGACCUGACAUCCCUGCCAUCAAUGGAAUCAUCCACGUGGUUGAUACCAUUAUGUACUAUCCAUUCUACGUUGCUGCCGAGGUCAUGUAUAACAAUCCGAAACUGAGGAUAUUUUAUGACUUGAUGAAGAAUCUGUCGGAUUUCUCUAACCUCCUACAGGAUGAGUAUAGCAGAAUGACGGUGUUCGCUCCGUCCUCUAAAUAUUUAUAUUCAUUGUCAUCGAAUGAUCUACAGAGAAUGUCAUCAAAUCCACAGGUCCUCAGAAAAAUUUUUAAAGGCCAUGUCAUUCCAAAUGGGCUGCUGGAUAGUAAAUUCAUUAGAGAACAUAUGCAACACAAGUUCACGUUUAGAUCCACCUAUGGAAUUCCAUUUACGUUUGAAAAACAGAGUACAGUUGAAGGGACGUCAAUUGAUGCGGGAUUUAGUAACCUUAGAUAUGAUAUUGACAUAAAUAGAGACGGAGUAGCUUGUAGCAAUGGGGUCAUCUACAUCAUCGAUGGAUUUCUGGAUUACUCCUUUAAAAACAUUAUCGAUGAGAUGAAAGCUCAGGAUAAAUUGAAAGCUUCUCUUCAGAAUAUUAUGGGUAUUUUCCCACCUGGAGUAGAGGAAGAUUUUCGUGACACAAAUAACGAGUUUACGGUGUUUAUGCCGGCCAGUGAGGCCUUCCUAUACUUGUCACAGCCUGAGAUAUCAUACCUCUAUAAUCUUGUGAACACCUCAGAAAAAUAUGAGCUACUUGAACGUCACACAGUAAAUGGUACAGCACUAAGUAUAGAGAGAAUUCGGGCUACAUGUAGUGAUGAAAAUAAAACAGACUGUGUUCUCAAAGUCAAUGUUAUUUUUAAAGAGGAAGACACUCAAGAAAUAGUGCUGGAAUGGAAUGGAGUGCAGUCGAAAAUAAUCCAGUCCAAUAUUCUAGCAAACAAUGGGAUUAUCCACAUCAUAGACAGAAUUUUAUUUAAGGUGGAAGAAGAGUCCACUCUUCCCACAAACACUUUGAGCACUCGCGGAGUGAAUGGAGCUAGUAGGAAUUUCAGUGUGCUAGUUUCGUAUUUUUCAUUAUUAACUACAAUGUGCCUUUUUUACCUCUUGACAAGGUGAUACAAGAAGUAUUUUAGUGAAUCAAAAUUUUGAUUCUGAUAUUGCCAAAAGAAUCCAGUGUUCAAAGAAACGGAUGUCAGAAACUUAUCUCUUAGGUCUGGAAUGCUCCUUGUGUAUUUUAAAUGCAUUCAGGAAUUUGUUAUGAUCGAAAUCACAUUGAUAGAGUGAAAGAAAGAAUGAGAUUGACAAUAACAGAAUAUUGUAUUGACAGCAAUAUGGACGGAGAAUGAAUCUCUCAGAAUAUACCAAGCAAUAUGCUUCUAAUUUUCUUGGACCGAUUGCAAGGAUAAACAGAAACGAAUAGGGCAAAUCCGUAUUUUACCCAAACAUUCCGAUGUCAGAUUAAUGUAACAAGUGUUUUAUCAAUAUGAGUAUGGGGGUAGAAAGAGUUGUAAUUAUUUAUUUUAUGGCACUGAACAGUUGAACAUCCAAUGGACCUUUGUCUCUAUAAUUUAUAUUUGUUAUGCAUGUCUCUCUAGAAUUCCAUUUUAUGUAGUAUUAUUUUUGAUAAUUAUGUGCCUGUAGGUUUUUAAUAGUGAUUUUUAAUUCAUGUAUGAGAGUUGUAUUUUUUGUACUAUAAAAUGUUAAAUGUAGAUAUAUUCUCGUGAUUUUAUUCCUUACUGCUCUUUUAGUGAAACAAAACAUGAACAAAAUAUUUAAGCUUCAAGUGCUAUAAUCAUUAAGUUAAAAAAUAUCAGUAUGAAGCAUGUCUGUAUAUGUUUAUGCACACUGACGAUUUACAUGUAAAUAAAGAAAUUUUACUAGUGUAUGCUAUGUAAGCAACAAAAAAGCAUUCAAAAUUAAGAAUAUAAACUCUGAAUAAUAAUCACUUGAUUCUCGUAGGAAAAUAUAAUUUCAGUUGUGUCAUAAAAUUUUCCGAUAUGUUAAAUUGAUGUUAAUAAAACGUUACUGUAUUAUUUGAUAUAUUUCCAUGUAUGUGCGCAGAUGUGUUUAUUGUGUUUUAUUGAAAUUUGAUGUAUGAAUUUUUGACGUUUUAUAAAUGUUAACAUUUGUAGUUUU